UAUGAAUUUAUUGUAUAAAUGAGGUUCCAACCACUCUGAAAUACUCCGCGCCCACAGCUAAGCUUUGGCUCUGAGCUCUCCUCCGCCGUUUCUCCGACACUCAAACGUAGAUAUGUUUUUUUCCGUAACAAGAGUUUUACAUUCCAUUUGCAAAGACGCGAGUUUGAGAUAUACCAAAAAAAAAAAAUUGCAGAUUCAGACACCACUUGGAAAGCGUGAUCGAGAGCGGGUGGGGGGCAGCGAGUGAAGAGGAUGGGACCCUUGUUGGACUAAAGUCUCUCUCUCUCUCUCUCUCUCUCUCUCUCUCUCUCUCUCUCUCUCUCUCUCUCCUGGUAACGCACAUUUCUUCUAUUUCAGUUACACUUUAUGGCAAUCUGAUCAUUAACACUUUCGCCUCUUCUCUCUUGCUCCCUAUAUCUUUCCUCCUCCUCCUCCUCCUCCUCCUUCAACACACAAUAAAGAAUAAACAAAGUAGACGACUUUUGAGCGCAACAGGUUGAUGGUAAAUCACCCUUUUAGCUUUAUCAAUCCGCUCUCUUUAUUUACGCUUCUGACAGCAGAGAAGUCAGGAUGAAGUUCAUGAAGAUCGGGACAAAGCCUGACACUUUCUACACGGAGGAGGCUACAAGGACCGCGAAGAUAACCGACACACCGAAUGAUCUUGUGGUCAGAAUCAACUACAUCGCCUACCGGCUCCACCGACUAUGGAUCCUUCCAAAAAGUGGUCUGUUACAGAGGCUUUGCUCUGAGUCUGACGAGUCCGAUAGCGUCACCGUUGAACUGAAUGACAUGCCGGGAGGAGCCGAUGCUUUCGAGCUGUGCGCUAAGUUCUGCUACGGCAUUACAAUCAACCUUGGUGCACAUAACUUGGUGAGCGCCCUCUGCGCCUCCAAGUUUCUUCGAAUGACUGAAUCUGUUGAUAAAGGGAACUUGGUGCCUAAGCUUGAGGCUUUUUUCCACUCCUGCAUUCUUGAUGGCUGGAAGGACUCCAUCGUCACUUUGCAGUCCACUGGCAAUUUGCCUGAGUGGUCUGAGAAUCUUGGGAUCAUUCGAAAGUGCAUAGAUUCAAUCGUGGAGAAGAUCCUCACGCCUGCCGCAGAGGUCUCAUGGUCUUACACAUACACGAGACCAGGCUAUGACAAGAGACAUCAUCAGUCUGUUCCAAGAGACUGGUGGACUGAGGAUUUAUCAGACCUUGACUUGGACUUGUUCCGUUGCAUAAUCACAACUGUAAAAUCAACUUUCACUUUGCCUCCUCAGCUAAUCGGCGAGGCUUUGCACGUAUACGCCUGCCGCUGGUUACCAGAUCUCAAAACAAAAUGCCCUCCAGACUCUUCAAUCGCAGAGAAUGAAGCAACACUGGAAAGGCACCAGCGCAUUGUCAACACAAUCGUGAAUAUGAUUCCUGCAGAUAAAGGGUCUGUUUCAGCGGGCUUCUUGCUAAGACUCAUUAGCAUUGCCAAUUACGCAGGGGCUUCUCUCACAACAAAGACUGAAUUGAUCAGGAAAGCCGGUCUGCAACUUGAGGAGGCGACACUGGGGGACCUCUUGUUGCCUUUGCACUCGUCCUCUCGUCAUGGUGGUUAUGAUUCUGACUUGGUUGCCGCAGUUCUUGAGAGUUACUUGCUGCUGUGGAGGAGACAGUCAGCAGAACUUUCUAAUAAUGAUCAGCUGCUGCGGUCGAUCAGGAGAGUGGGAAAGCUCAUUGAUUCCUAUCUUCAGGCUGUCGCACAGGACAUCCGUAUGCCAGUUUCCAAAUUUGUGUCUCUGGCAGAAGCUGUGCCCAGUGUUGCACGAGAGAACCAUGACAGACUUUACAGAGCAAUUAACAUAUAUCUCAAGGAUCAUCCUGCGAUUAACAAAGAAGAAAAGAAGAGACUGUGCAGAGCUCUGGACUGUCAGAAACUGUCUGCAGAUGUACGUGCACAUGCAGUGAAGAACGAGAGGCUGCCACUGAGAACAGUUGUCCAAGCGCUCUUCUUUGACCAAGAUAGCAGUUCCAAGGGACUAGCGAGUCAAUCAGCGAGCCAGGACUUGUCAUCAAAAGGAAAGCAGACACCCACAAGUGAACACAGCUUGGUCAGUAGGCUUCACCUGGGUCCAGCUGAAACAAGUUCCAAAGAUCAUCAAAAGUUGGCGAAAGCUGAGAAAGCAAUGGAGAGAGGAGGGGAGAGACCCGGGUCCAACUUGGAACCCAAGAGGAUGUUGCAGAAAGGAACAGGGUCAGAGCAUGCGCAUCACAAAACUAGAGACAGAUAGUAGACCCAAGUUGUUAGGAACCAGAAGAUUCAGUUUCUUGUUUGGACUUGCAAGACUGGCGUUAUUCUCCCUUCUUUCUUUCUAAAACGAAUUUUUAUGAUGAUUACAGAUGGCCAAUUGUAAACCCAGUGCCAUAAUUUGUGCUAAAGAUAAUGCAGAGCUUAUGCUUCUGUUCCGCUUCAGAUUGUAUGUUUCAUGUAAACGCCUGCACGCAACUUAUCAGUC